UUCAUCUUAAUAUCUCCUUCCUCUGUAGGCUCUCCUUAUCCUCUUUCUUUGACUCACCAUGGGUAGGCUAAAGAAGCUAAGAAAUUUCAUAGAUAUUCUCAAAGACAAAGCCUCCUUGAUCCAAGCAACACUAUCAAUAACCAAGUGCCAUGCCUCUGUAAACGUCGCGGUCCUCCACGCCACCACGCAUAACCCGUCUCCUCCAUCUGAGAAGCGUCUUGCCGCCGUUCUCAACUUUGGCAACAGGUCCCGCCUCACCGCGUGUGCAUGCAUAGAAGUACUUAUGGAUCGCUUGCAUGACUCGCAAAGUGCUUCCGUUGCCCUAAAAUGCCUUCUCACGAUUCAUAACGUUAUCAACAGGGGCUCCUUCAUUCUGAAAGACCAGCUUUCUUUUUAUCCAUGUUGUGGUGGCAAAAACUUCCUUAACCUAUCGAAUUUUAGAGACAAUUCCGAUGUGGAAACGUGGGAAUUGUCGAAUUGGGUUAGAUGGUACGCUGGUUUAUUGGAACAAAGUUUGAUGCUUUCUAGGGUUUUGGGUUAUUACUUUUGUUCAUGUGAUUCAAACAUAGUAGAUAACAAAGAUAAAGAACAAAAAGUUUUGAGCUUGUUGAACUCGGAAUUAUUAAAUGAAAUAAAUGUUCUUGUUGAUUUCACAGAGAGAAUUUGUGACGCUCCGGAUUCGUUACAAGUUAACAGUUUGGUCUUCGAGGUGAUGAGAAUCGUUAGUGAAGAUUUCAUGUUGGUUCAAUCUGAAAUAUUUGUACGAGUUAUGGAACUCGGGAAUAGAAUGGAAAGUAUGAUUUACGGUACAGAGUCGACUCAGUUUUUUAACGUGUUGAAGAGGCUUGAGGAUUGCAAAGAGAGGCUGAAUCGAGCAGAUAAUGAUGGGUUUUGGGAUUUGAUAAGACAGACGAAGAAGAAGGUGUUGAUGGUGAAGGAAAAGAGAGAGGAAAUGAGGCUGGCGGUGGUGACGAUGGGACACAGAGACGAGUCAGCUGUUAGCGAGUCAACUCGGUUCGGAAAGCAAAUCGCUGACUCAGGCUAGUUGUUAAAUUGAUUGAAUUUAAUUGAGCAAUGCUAUUGCCACACAUUUUACAUCAUUUUUUUUUUGCUAUA